UUGAGUCAGGAUGACAGUUGCCAGUUGCCAUGUACAAGUACAAUAAGACUUUUGUGGUGGUAGCAGUUGCAUGAAUACGACACAUGGCGACCGUUUAUCUUUAUUCCUAUGCUUAUGCUACUAAAUCUUCUCUCUUCAAAUCUAAUGCUUAUGCUUAUGCUUAUGCUUCUAAUCUCAAUCUCUCUUAUUCUUCCAAUGCUCUCUCCCAACUUCCAUUUCAUUCCAAACGCCCACUCCUAACCUCCUCCCAUGCAAAUAUUUACUGCACAAACUCUUUUCCUUAUAAUCGUAUUACAGAGGAACAACCCAAUUCCAAUUCAGAUACCAAAACUAAGAUCAUAUGUACUAUUGGUCCCUCUACUAGCUCACGUGACAUGAUAUGGAAACUUGCUCAAACCGGAAUGAAUGUCGCUCGUUUGAACAUGUCACAUGGGGACCACAAAUCUCACCAAAAAACUAUUGAUUUUGUUAAACAAUUCAAUUCUCAAUUUCAACACAGGGUUAUAUCCAUCAUGCUUGACACCAAGGGUCCUGAAGUUAGAAGUGGGGAUGUGCCCCAACCUAUAUUACUCAAGGAGGGACAAACAUUCAAUUUCACUAUUAACAGAGGGGUUAGCACCCAAGAUACUGUUAGUGUCAAUUAUGAUGAUUUUGUCAAUGAUGUCGAGGCAGGAGACGUACUUCUUGUCGAUGGAGGAAUGAUGUCUCUUGUUGUUAAGUCAAAGACAAAAGACUUGGUUAAAUGCGAAGUUAUUGAUGGUGGAGAACUAAAAUCUAGGCGUCAUUUGAAUGUCCGUGGAAAAAGUGCAACACUUCCUUCCAUAACUGAGAAAGACUGGGAAGAUAUCAAGUUUGGGGUAGACAAUCAAGUAGACUUCUAUGCUGUAUCAUUUGUCAAGGAUGCUAGAGUGGUUUAUGAGUUAAAAGACUACCUUAAAAGAAAUAAUGCUGAUAUACACGUGAUUGUAAAAAUUGAAAGUGCUGAUUCCAUACCAAAUCUUCCUUCUAUACUUUCAGCUUCAGAUGGGGCUAUGGUUGCUCGUGGAGACCUUGGAGCUGAACUUCCGAUAGAGGAAGUUCCUUUAUUGCAGGAGGACAUCAUUAGAAGAUGCCACAAAAUGAAAAAGCCAGUUAUUGUGGCAACAAAUAUGCUUGAAAGCAUGAUUAUUCAUCCCACACCAACUAGGGCGGAAGUCUCAGACAUUGCAAUUGCAGUAAGACAAGGUGCUGAUGCUGUCAUGCUUUCAGGAGAAACUGCACAUGGAAAGUGUGUUGCUGUUCCUCGGUAUCCAUUGAAAGCCGUUAAAGUUAUGCAUUCGGUGGCUCUAAGGAAUGAAUCCAGCAUUGUAAGAAGUGAUGCUUAUCCAAAUCAUUUGAGUUCUCACAAGAGCCAUAUGGGAGAAAUGUUUGCUUACCAUGCAACAACUAUGUCUAACACUCUUAAUACUCCUAUUAUUGUGUUCACCAGAACUGGAUCCAUGGCUAUUCUUUUGAGCCAUUAUAGGCCCUACUCAACAAUAUUUGCAUUCACAAAUGAAGAAAGGAUUAAGCAGAGGUUAGGACUUUAUCAUGGUGUCAUGCCUAUAUACAUGCAAUUUUCAAAUGAUGCAGAGGAGACUUUUGCUAGAGCCCUCAAGGUACUAUUGAGUAAAGGUCAUUUGCACGAGGGACAAUAUGUUACACUAGUCCAAAGCGGAGCACAACCAAUCUGGCGUAAGGAAUCCAUUCACCACAUUCAAAUUCGCGAGGUUCAUGGCUAAAAAUCUUCUUUAAAGGGUCUUCCUUUCUCACGAGUGUGCAGUAGCCUUUUCUUUACCUCUCUCUCUCUCUCUCUCUCUCUCUUGUAAUGCAUGUGAAACAGCAAGUUGGGCAGUUUAGGAGCUUUUGUAAUGCAAAUAAUGAAAUUACACCUUGGUUUAAUGAUUGUUAUUCUAUUUUAUCCUGUUUGCAUUUUGAUUAUUCAUAAUCUCAGUUUGUGGACAAAACAUUCUCUGAGUA